AUGGUUUCUUUCUCUUGCGAGGCCUGCGGUGAUAUUCUCACCAAGAAAAAGCUCGACCCUCACCGCAACGGCUGUCGCGGCGCUACCUUCACCUGUAUCGAUUGCAUGGUGCAUUUCUGGGGAACUGAGUACAGAGCCCAUACGUCAUGCAUGAGCGAGGCGCAAAAGUAUCAGGGCGCUCUCUAUAAAGAGAAGCCCCAGAAGGGCCAGAAGAAAGGACAAAACAACCAGAAGAACCAGAACCAAAAUGGCCACCACCAGCAACCCCGCGUGGAUUACGCUUCUCUCGAGGCCCCUCCUCCUGCUCCCACACCCCCGCCUGCCGGUGCAGUGCGGACCCCUGCUCCUGCGGUCAACAACGAUAAGCCUGUCAAUGUGUUCGACUACCUGGUCGCCGAAAAUACCCCAAACGCAUCUAAAGCCUCUCUCGCCGAGCCCAAGGAACAGAUGAAGAUGAAAUCCAACGCCAAAUCGGUCUUUGAGCCCAGCGAAUCGCUAACUCGAGUCGAAACCAACCCGAACACGGAUGACGAAGGUAAGAACUACGAUAUCGCAUACGAGGAGAAUGGCUUUUCCUAUGGAACCGGCACCAUCCCGCACUCAGAUCUCCCUCCUAACGUGUCAACAGAGUUGGUGACACCCGCACCCAAGAAGAAGGAGCGCCGGGAGAAGGCCCCCGGCACUGUCAGCGAAAAGAAGCGUAAGCGCGGCCAAGCAGAGGUUCUCAGUACUCCCCGGGAAGAAGUCGACACUCCCAUGCUGGACGCCCCCUCUAGCAUCAUCAACAACGCCGGCACACCCAUGCUCAACCACUCCGGCCUGACCGGCGGCCUCAACCGCAUGAUGCGCUCUCCCUCCGUCGAUGGCGACGACAGCCCAGAAACUAGCCGUCGCGCCUACCAAGACGCCUCCUCCCCGAUCAAGCGCAGCCGCCGCAACGGGAAAGAAGCCAACGGCAAUGGCGACGCAGGUCUCGGAAUCUCCAUGAAGAACCGCGCCGGCCGCCUUGUCUCCUCCAUGUUUGGCGGCUCAGCCGUCUCCAGCGCUAGCGGCGCCACCGCAGACCUCCCCUCCAAGACCCUGGCCCGCGCCCGACGCGGCAGCUCCUCCAGCGGCGACGGCCAGCUCGAAGUCCGUAAGAGUAAGAAGUCGCACCGCUCGCGCGAUGACGACGAGUCCCACAAGUCCAAGCGCAAGAGCUCCAACCCCACCGACGGCGACAGACCCUCCCGCCGUCUCAAGCAGAUCGACGAGCGCCGGGGCUCAGUUGACUCCGCCCACGGCCACCAGGUCACUGUCUACAAGCAGUCACGCGGACUCGCACGCACUGAAGAGGAUCUACAGCGUGAGCUGGGCCACCAUUUCCUCUCGCUUGUGACAAAGGAUAGUGAGCGUGGUAUUUCCAUUAACAAAGCGCUUAAGCGUUUCCACCGCGACCUCUCUGAUGAGUAUGAUGCUGAUCGUGGUCGUGAUAACGGCCGCAGCCGAGCGGACCGUGAGCGCAGAGUUGAUGAUGAGAAGGAUCUGUGGCGCGCCUUGAGGGUCAGACGUAAUGAUCGUGGCGAGAUUGUUUUGUUCAUUUAA